AUGGCUGUCGUUUUCCAUCGGCCUCAAUCCCUUCGUCUAUGGUUCUCAUCAAGGAGCUUACGGAAGAGAAGCUUGGGCAAGAAGAAAGAUGGCCAUAUUUCAUCGUUGAGUCUCGACCAAUUGUUGAAGACCAAGGUUGCCAUUCGAGCGACCGUGGUGCCUGCAAUGGAAGGCUGGCGAGAUAAUACCGAUUAUUAUGAUGAGAAAGGCGAUGUGGUUUCUCAUGAAGCUCCAGCACCUCUGUCACACCUCGGGACGCCCUGUGGAGACUUCAUUAUUAGCCAAACGCAGAGGAGAAAACUUUCCACCGGGACGAUUCAAGUAGUGCGGAGGCCGACUUGCAAUCAGUGUCCUCACCAGGGUCGACCAUGCUCCUUUCAGCAAUAUAAUGUCUCGCGACCACGACCAAAAGGUCCAAUUCCUCCAAGGCGUUCGUCGUCACUUCCUAAGGACUCCGGUGUGAUUGAAACUAUAUCCAAUCCAUCGGCUCCCUUGACUACCUUUUAUCUUGGUCAGCAAGAUGGCUACUUCUUUGAGUAUAUGCUCACUGGCUCUCUUAAUAAGCUAGAAUUAUUUUCGUCCACAAACUUAUGGCCAAUGGUGCUCGAUGGCUUCCAAAACGAGCCCUGUGUUCGCCAUAUUAUGCUCGGAACUGCCAUGAUUCAUCGGUCUCGAUCUGACCCAAACAUGUCGCGGAACCUGGAGACCCAGCGCUUAGCAUCUCGCCAUUACAGCAACGCAGUAAGGCUACUCAGCAAUCUCUUGUCGCCAGCAAGAAGCAAUGCUGGCGGUGAAGCCGGGGAGGUUGUUCUUCUCACAACAUUUCUCCUUGCCGUAUUCGAGCUUUUACGACGGAAGGACGAUCGCGCAGCAUGGUGGAUGCAGAGCGGAUUGAAGUUGCUUACACCUACGUCCGAUCCGAUUAGAAACCAAAAGGUUGAUCUCGACAGAAGUAACGCCCAACUGACUUUCGGCUACAAAUUGAUGGAUAUCAAUCUGAAGAUCAAGGGAAUGAAAACGCUGAAGAGGCAGGGAAGGAACCAAGGCGGCCAACGCGUCGCUGGAUUGAGAAAGAGCGAGUCAUUUCGGAGCGAUCUAACAGUGCUAUAG